AUGAGAACGCACAUUUCGGUUCCUCAUAACGGUUCCUGAAUUUUAUUUUUAUUUUUUUAUCCCUCCCCCGCCCUUAUGUUGUUGCGUCAAUUUGCGUGACGUCAGUGACGCUACCGAGUGCGAUCUUGUUGAUCAAUGAAGAUGCCGAAGGCAAAACGUUCCAAGGUUUGGCUACAUUUUACAUCCAAAGAUUUAAACUCUGCGACUUGCAACAGAUGCAAUAAAGUAAUUUCAAGCAAAGGAGGUAACACGACAAAUCGUACAAAACAUCUGACGACUCACAGUGUUUAUUUAAAAGCCGAAAAAUGCACCGUGUUCGAUCAUUUAAGUGACGCAAGGCCAAGCACUUCAGCAGCACAAGCCGGACAAAUAAAGACUCCCAGCCCUGCCGGUGUGGUGGUGGACAACACAGACGAUGAUGAAUCUGACAGUCACAGCACUCACAGCAGCCUUUCCACUUCGGGUAAGUCGAGUAAUUUAAUGACAACCGCAAAUCUUGAAUAUAAUGUAGGCUAAUAUAAACCACUUUGCCAUUCAACAGCGUUUGUGACAACGUGUGCUAUGUCCUAAACUUGAACUCGGUGUCUGCUGACUUUCUGCUUAAUGUAAAACUCAUACCAAGUAUUCAAAUCUUUAAAAUAAAUGUCAACACUAGAUUCAGAAUGCGCAAUUUGGCAAUUACACGUGGACGCAAACAGAUAGGUAAGCUUAAGAUUGUAUGGAAGAUAUUUCUCUGCUUAAAGUAAAAGUCAUAAUAUGUGAAGAUAAAAUGUUGAACUUAAAUGUUUUUUUACAUAAGUAUUAAACGGCGCAAUCGCCCAUUUAAUCAGAAACGUAUAGCUAUACCUGUGUUUGAGGCUAUUUCUAGAGGGGGAUGGGGACAACAGUUGUUUGAGGCCACUACUCUACUAUAUAUCCAGAGGGGGAGGGGGAGUGGGGGGAAUGAGCUGUUGAGCAGAAUAGGCUACCAUUAGUGACCUGAAUAAGUUGUAUGUUGUAAUACUUUUAUUUCUGCCUUUCAAGUUACCACAGUGACACCUUUCACCCUGGCUAAGAGGUCUGAAAUAACCCAAGAGAAGGUGGAGGAAAUCCACAGGGCAGUCACCAAAUUUGUGGUGAAGGGGCUUCAUCCGUUUGCCACAGUGGAAUCGCCAUUUUUCAGGUGAAAAUGUGUAGCGGCUAUGCUAUCAAAAUAUAAUUUCCUAGAUGGAUGUGUAGGCCACACCUCUGUACCAUGAAGACAUUCUGUGUACAAGACUAAUAUCAUAUGUAUUUUAUAUUUUUUUAUAAAGGGAGAUGAUCACUGCCCUCAAUCCAAGAUACCGGCCACCAUCCAGGGAUGACCUCUCCAAUAACUUGAUACCUGCGUGGUAUUCUGUUUCAAAACAGAAUGUCAUCCAGCAGCUGGCGCAGGUCAACAAAAUUGCAAUAACUUGCGAUGGAUGGACCAGCGUUGCCCAGGACCACUAUCUAACACUAACUGCCCAUUACAUUUACGAGGGCAGCAUACAGCAGAAAGUGCUAAGCACUGAAGCAGUGUACGAGUCCCAGACAGGGCCAGUGGUGGCAGAAGAAAUCCACAGUAUUCUUGAGGAGUUCAAGUUGACUGGAAAAGUCAUAGCUGCCACAGUAGACAAUGCAAGCAACAUGGACGUUGCCCUGAAGAACCUGCAUUUUUUUGAAAGUUGGGUGCUUUGCCCACACACUCAACCUGGCGGCACAGAAGGUGUACGGCAUUCCAGCUGUGACCAACUGGUGUGCAAAGAUUCGCUCAGUGGUGGUGUGGCUGAAGCGCUCCACUAUGAGCAAAACGGUUCUAAGAGAGAAGCAGCGACUCCUCAGUAAACACCAUAUGUAUAAUUAUAAAUAAAUCUUGAAAAGUAAUACUUUUAAAUGUAAGCAAUUGUUUAUUGUAAUUCUAAUGUCUGUGCUUUAGAUUUGCCAGAGCAUAAUGUUAUCCUGGACGUGAGGACUCGCUGGAAUUCUCUAUACCUCAUGGUGGAGCGCUUUGUAGAGCAAUUCCCUGCAAUCCAGGCAGCCUGCCUCGAUCAGAGGCUAAGGAAGCCAAUGGAGAGAGACAGACUACAAAGGCUCACCGAGACAGAUUUUGAGAAGGCAGAGGAAUUCAUGAAAGCCAUGAAAGUGUUGUACACCUCAACCCUCUGCGUGUGAAGCGACAAGACCCCCACAUGCAGCCAAAUCAUCCCGAUCCUCACAAAGCUGGAGGCACACUAUUCAACCUCCGAUGAUGACAAUCCAUUUAUGGCUGCUAUAAAAGAGAAGGUCUGGCAAGAUCUUGAAAAAAGAUACCAGGCUCAAGACAUUCAGAACUUCCUUAGGGAGGUCACCUUGAUGGACCCUCGCUUUAAAGGCAGGCUGGAAGUUGGUGUUGCGGAAGCUUGGGACAGGCUUGAGAAAGCAGGGAUUGACAAUGCCAUGGCAGUUCAGCUUCCAAAAGAGGACCCUCUUCAGAGUGAGGUAGAAGGUGAGGGUAAUGAGGUGGAGGAGGACCAAGCAGGCAGAAAUCCAAGAAGAGCUCACAAGAUGUCAGCCUUGGAGCAGUUGUUUGAGGAUGAAGACCGAGAACUUCUCCAUGCAACUCUGACCACAAGCAGUGCCCUCUCCAUUAGAGAAGAGGUCCAGAAAGAGCUACAGAUCUACAAAGGCCUGCCAGCGAUCCCACCUGGACAAGACCCUGUGGCCUGGUGGGGGGGUAAGAGGGAUACCCUCCCUAAUUUGUCUCUCCUGUCAGAGAAUUACUUGUGUGUGCAGGCCUCAUCAACCCCCUCUGAGAGGGUUUUCUCGUGUGCUGGGCAUGCAAUAAGUAAGAAAAGAUGUCGAAUAUUACCAGAGAAGGCCAAUAUGGUGAUAUUCCUGCAGAAGAAUUGUUAGAGAAAGAAAUGUUAAGAAAUUGUUUUUAAGAAAUAUACUGUAAAGUGUCCUCACCUCACCAGUCACAAAAGCUACUUUAAUUGUGCAAUAUCUUGUUCUAUACUUGUGUUAUAUCUAUUUUAAUAUUUAAGGUGUUGCACUGUUCGUGUUCAGUUCAGGUCAUUAGGAGGAGAA